UACAGCAAACAUUCCCUGCUAUUGGAUGAAAGUGACGUAAAUUCUUGUAACACACAAUUCGAUUGGCCAUUAUCCUUUGAAAGGCGGGGUUUAUUGGCGAGUCCUUCGAAGUAAAUGUUCCGGGUCUUCAUUAUAAUCGAGGAGGCGUCAUAUGGGAAAUAAUACUUUAACCUGGUAGUUAAUAUUUUUACUGUCCACUUGAACCUGUCACCCCUGCUCACAUCUGGACAACAUGGCCAACAUCGGCAGGCUCUCCACCAAGGAUGCUGUCCUCUUCCUGUGUGACAUGCAGGAGAAGUUCAGACCCAAUAUCUUCCAGUUCAAUAACAUCGUCAGCAACGCAGCCAGACUCCUCCAGGCCAGUCGUAUUCUGGGCAUCCCCACCAUUUUGACAGAGCAGUACCCUAAAGGCUUGGGACCCACCGUGCCGGAGCUGGGGGCCGGGGAUCUGACCGCUCAUGCCAAAACCUCAUUCACUAUGAUCAUAGAGGAAGUGGAGAAGGAGUUACAGGCUCUGGGGAGCCCUAAACAAGCCAUUCUGUGUGGAAUAGAGGCACAUGCUUGCAUCGCAUGUACAACAUAUGAUCUUCUUGAGAAGGGAUUUGAGGUCCAUAUUGUGGCCGAUGCUGUUUCCUCCAGAAGCCAGACGGACCGCUUGUUUGCUUUGUCCCGUCUGAAGCAAAGCGGAGCUUACCUUACCACCACAGAGGCUGUCCUGCUGCAGCUUGUUGAAGGCGCCAAACACCCCAACUUUAAGGAGAUCCAGAAGCUCUUGACCCACCCGUCUCCUGACACCGGCCUCCUCGCCUUCUUCAGCGCUCUGUAGAGAGAUCACCUCCUGUUCUUGUGUUGCUCUGUUUAACCCUCCAGCUUUUAACACUGUGAUUCUAAUAAAGCAUUGUGUUACUUAUGAACUUCA